AUGGAAGAAGUGAGCAGUCCAGUAGCAAGUCCAGUAGAGAAGGAAGUAAUUGAUCUGGAUGAGGACUCUGACUACGAUGACGAUAACGACAGAGUCAGACAGGACAUGUAUGAAGAUUAUGAUGAUUUGGCAGAUUUCGCAGUCACUGCUUCUGACGAGCCUCCUCCCCCCGGCACCCGGCCGUUGCAAGAAGAGCUGCUAACAUUGAUAACUGAGAACACUGUAUCUGGAGUUACUAUUAAUAAGGACGAUGUUGUUACUUGGCUGAGAAACGAGGAGGCAGCAUUGACAGGAGAGAGCGCGCAGAUCGUACCCCUCAGAUUGUACCCCUCCCCACCCAGCAGUGUUGAGAAGUAUUCAGAGUACGAUCUCUCUGAUGGCUCCAGGUCCGGACUAUCUCCGCCACCAAAGAAGGCUAAGAGACUCACAUCAGUUGCUGUUAAACAGGACCGGAGUCGGGAAAGCUCCCGUCACCGAGAAAGAUCACCUCAUCGCGAGAAAUCACAUCACCGCAGAAAUGCUGGACGGCUAGAUGGUUCCAGGACCAGAGUUGUCUCCAGACAUCACGAUAGUUCUCAUAGGAAUCGCAGUAGAGACCAUAGAGAAGAGAGGAUCCACUCGAGAGAAGCUAGUCCGUUCGCCAGCUCUCGUCACACCACAUCACAAGACAGACACAGAGAGUCGUCAGGUGCACUGUCACGUGACAGUGCGCGCGACAGUGCACGUGACAGCACGCGUGACAGUGCGCGUGACAGUGCGCACCGCAGACAGGACCUCAAUCCUAGGAGCCGUGGAAACAGCAGCUCACGCAGACAGCCAUCUUUAACCAGACGCGACGACGCUAGACAUUCCUCGCCUAGACAUUCCUCGCCUAGACAUGGUGGAAGUAGACGGGUCAAGGUACAGCACAGAAUAGUGGACGAGAAUAACAAAACACCACAGUAUAAAGAGGUGCUAUCAAGCUCUCAUAGCUCUCGUGGACAUAGAGCUGAAAAAGUAGCUGCAAAGCUGGGUGGAAUCCGUGAUGCAAGAGAGCUGAUAUCAGAUCGCAGGACAACUGUUCCUGUCACUGAUUACAUCAAAACUUUGAAAGAUCAAAUACGAAACAGUGAGAAGAACGCCCGCCACAUGUUCCGGGAGUUGAGAAGUGCCAAAAGAGACCUGUUAGACUGCAUACAAAUAGCAGAACUGGGGGAACCAGAAAAGGAGCGGGGUCCGAGAAACAGCGUGCGACACGAGGAGAGGAGAGGGGUGUGCAGACGACAGGAAGGAGGGAGACCACGUGAUAGGUCACGUGAGGAGACCAGAGACCGGGAGAGAUCACGUGAUGAAAUGAGGAGGAAACCAGUGGAGAAGAAGAGAUCACGUGAACACAGGAGACCCUCCCCAGAGCGACAGUCCAAGUCCAGAACAUCAUCAAGAAAAUCCUCUCCCAACCCAAUCCAAGAAAGUGAAGAUCCGAGUCAAUGGAAAAUCAUUCCUCCAUCAGAAGUCGAUGGUUUCAACUGUGGGGGUCCAGCAAUUUUCGUACAGAACUUCAGUCGGAAUGUUUCGAGGAAACAACUUUUCAAUUAUUUUCAAUCUUUUGGUGCAAUCGUGGACAUAACCAAACUCGACAUAGGAAAGAAAAGGACAAGAUCGGCGUGUGUCAUUUUCAGCAGACAAUCGGAAGCAGACAAAGUUUUAAAAUCCAAUAGAAAUGAGCAAGAAUCCCCUCUAUCUGGUAUCGGCUUGGAUCUCUCGACCCCGCCCAGUACGUUGGAUCUGUUGUUAACGGCCCUGCAGCCACGAGAUAAUAUCGCUGCUGUCCGAUGACGUUGGUUCGUUAUUUGAGAUGAACUGGGAUAAAAAAUAUGUUGAUAAAGUUCUUUUAAUCGGCUGGGGAUUAUUUAUUAUGAACUAAAGAAGACAAAAAAAGCUGAAGACAAUUUUUAGUUUCUGUGUAGUUUUAACUUCCCAUCUGUGGGCUGAGUUUUGCAAAUAUUUGAAGAAUGUGACCGGAGGAAUAAAAGCUUUUCUGUUUUUACCAACCUUUUGCAAAUUCGUGAUUUUAAACUGAGUUUGACAUCUUUUAGCUAGAAAGUAGUUUUGUUGCAAAAUAAUUAUUACGGUUUAGAGUCAAUAAUCGCUAUAAUUAUUAUAUUCGA